UGGAUGUCGGGUGGAAGAUUCUUAGUGGCUGCCGUUGGAGAUAAAUAAGACCCACCUCCUGAAAACUGAAAACGAUGAAAAUGGCCAAGCAGACAAUUUUUCAAUGGACCCCCAGCUGGAGAGACAGGUGGAGACCAUUCGAAAUCUUGUGGAUUCCUACAUGUCUAUUAUCAACAAAUGUAUCCGAGACUUGAUACCAAAAACAAUCAUGCACCUGAUGAUCAAUAAUGUAAAAGAAUUUAUCAACGCAGAGCUCCUGGCUCACUUGUAUUCUUCUGAGGACCAAAACACUCUAAUGGAGGAGUCGGCUGAGCAGGCGCAGAGGCGAGAUGAAAUGCUCCGCAUGUACCAAGCACUAAAGGAAGCCCUGGCCAUCAUUGGUGAUAUCAGCACUAGCACGGUCUCAACCCCUGCGCCCCCUCCCGUAGACGACUCUUGGCUUCAGCAGGCCCGCAGAUCACCUCCUCCGAGUCCCUCGACCCAGAAGAGACCCACAUUAAACAAUCCCCCAACCAGACCUUUAUCUGGCCGAGGACCCGCUCCUGCAAUCCCAUCUCCAGGCCCUCAGUCGGGGGCUCCCCCAGUUCCGUUCCGCCCAGGACCACUGCCUCCAUUCCCGAGUGGUGGUGAAACCCUCGGAGGGCCUCCACAGGUUCCCUCUCGGCCGACCCGGGCUCCUCCCAGCGUCCCAAGAGACAAGGAGCUGUUCCGACUUCCAGAGGUGGAGGAGAGCGUUAAGGGAGCGUACGGUUUGCCUUGGCCGCUAAUGAAUUCUGCUGAAGCCGGCGCGUUGGUGUGGCUCCAGUUGGCCCAGCUGUGCAAGAACCUGCAGGUUUUCCUUGCUUCCACAAACAACAGCUGGAGCCCUUGCAGGCUGUCUUCCCGAAUCCGGCUGGCCACUCUGAAACAUGCCCGUAAGACCACUCUGGGGCUGUCCGGGCUGGGACUGACCCCUGAGACAACAGGAAUAACGAUCCUCGCCGAUGGUUUCCAUGGCACAAGAAGUCGAAGACCACCCCCUUCACCUACUCGACCCACUGUAAUCCGCCCGUUAGAUUCAUCCCUGUUAGACUAG